GUCACGCCGCUCGCGGACACGGACGCAGUCUGCACUCGGCGUCCGCGUCGCAACGAUCUCCACGAUCUCACUACUAAAACAGAGUUCGUCCGCGUCUACGGCGUUUACGUGAGUUACGGUGAUGUGCCGUUAUGGGUUCCCCAAAGUGGUCUAGUGCUGUGACACCGUGAUCAAACGAACCCGCCGAGUUAUAACAACCCGAAUUUAAAGCUUAUGGCGCGCUGUUCCAGUCGACGCUGUUGCUGAACCAUGGAUUCCCGGAUUUCUUGCUGUUUUCUAUUCGGAUUAUUCAUCAUCUUUAUCACUAAGGUCGACGCUGCCGGCGUCUUCGAGUUGAAGCUACUGUCAUUCACCAACCAAACCGAGGAUUGCGACCCACCAUCGUGUCCAGCUCGUUUUCGGGUCUGUCUCAAGGAGUACCAAGUGAAAAUCGACGCGGCAUCUCCGUGUACCUUCGGCAACGUCGUCACGUCCGCCGUCGAGGACGGCUACGCCACCCCAAUUAGGAUACCAUUCGACUUCACCUGGCCGAGCUCGUUUUCGCUCAUCGUCGAAGCUCUAAAUGGCAAUUCCACGGUUGACGUGUUAUUAAGAUUGGCAACGCAAACUUGGCUUGAAGUAGGCCAAAAAUGGACGUCGCAUGAAGAUACAUCCGAUGGUUAUUCAUUGAAAGUAGAAUUUCGAGUGACUUGUAACGUGAAUUAUUUUGGAAAAGGUUGCGAAAACCUGUGUCGUCCAAGGGAUGAUAAUUUUGGUCAUUUUACGUGUUCAUCCACGGGCGAACGCGUAUGCCUCGCUGGAUGGCAGGGAGAUUACUGCACGAAACCUCGCUGCAGCCUCGGCUGCGAUGAAGUCCACGGCUUCUGCAACGUCCCGAACGAGUGCAGGUGCCAGAUCGGUUGGGAGGGUCCCAAAUGCAAUCAGUGUCAACGAUAUCCCGGCUGCAACCACGGGACCUGUGUGAAACCUUGGGAUUGUCUCUGCGACGAGGGCUGGGGAGGCCUCUUCUGCAACCAGGACCUCAAUUUCUGCACCAAUCAUCGACCCUGCAAGAACGGCGGCACGUGCAGGAACACCGGCCAAGGCAGCUACACGUGCAGCUGUCCUCCAGGAUUCAAUGGCACCGACUGCGAAAGCACAAUCAGCGGAUGCAGCCCAUCGCGAUGUUCCAACGGGGGAACCUGUAUCGGAAACGGCACGUCGGUCUCCUGCCUCUGUCCUCCGGGUUUUCAAGGAUCUCAUUGCGAACAAACCUCGGUUUGCAAAGAAAACCCUUGUCAAAACGGGGGAACGUGUUCGGAAACCGGAAGCGCGUACAAAUGCGAAUGCCCGGCCGGUUUCGGUGGCGCUACCUGCGAAAUCCGGCUCGGCGAGUGCUUCUCGAACCCGUGCAGGAAUCAAGGGACCUGCGUUGAGAGUCCCAACGGAUACGAAUGCAAAUGUCUCUCGGGAUUCGUUGGGAAAUAUUGCGAAGUUAACUACGACGAUUGUGUAGGAAACCCGUGCUUGAACGGGGGAACUUGUAUUGAUAUGACAAACGAAUUUCAAUGUAAAUGUGUGCCCGGAUUCGUCGGAAACCUUUGCGAUAAACGAGUCGACUAUUGCCUAGCGAAACCUUGUGCUAACGGGGGAACUUGUUUACAACUAACCAACGACUAUCAAUGUAAUUGCGCUCCGCGAUUCUCGGGUAAAGACUGUAGCGUCGAAGUCGACGAGUGCAGCGGAAACGUCUGCCAGAACGGCGGAAGUUGCGUGAACAGAGCCCACAGCUUCGAGUGUUUAUGCGCCCCAGGAUUUAGCGGAAAAGUUUGCGAUGAGUCCGCCUCGAGCGUCGCUCCCAGCGCCAGAGUAUCGUCCGAAUCGAAUUUCACCACGGAACACGUAGUCGUUAUCGCCACCAUUUCCACCUUCGUGCCGCUGCUCGUCCUAGUCGCCGUUGGCGUCAUCAUUUGUAUGAAACACAGGAGGAAACGCGAGAAGGCCAAAGAAGACGAGGAGGCGCGUCUUCAAAACGCUCAAAACACGGCGAGCAGCAGUUUCGCGAAACGCGGCGCCGCGAUGUCCGCCGACGCCCACAUGAUCAAGAACACGUGGGGCAAGUGUACCAACAAUGUGCACUCCUCCAACUUAACCUCCCUGGACGAUUGCAGUGUGUCUAAUGUUAGUGUUAGCGAAGGCGAUGCCUUCCCAAAGACAUCUCAAGUGAUCGACGGCCGGCCAGUGUACAGUUUGCAAAGGACACGAUCGCAAAAACAGUUGAACACUGAACCGUUAGUACAGUGCAGGAAUCCGUCGACCCAUUUAGCUGCCAAGCUACAGGAACCCGACUAUGAACACAUCAAGCGUUUGUCUGUGAUGUCUAAUACUUCAUCGGCUGUGUGUGGCUCUAGUGAUGCCUCAUCUCCAUAUAAAAGGCCAACGGAAAAAGAGUCCAAUGGCGUCUAUGUGAUAGAAGAACACUUUCACCCUCAAGAAGCGUUAGCGACGGGCCUCUUCGCGACCGAGGUCUAGUAUCCAAAUAAAAAAAACUAACAAACAAAAUGAGAAAAUGAAACCAGUGCUCUGUAAAUAUAACUGUAUUUAUUCUCCCCACUGAUUAACUGAUAGUUGUGCGUUAUUUAUGAAUGCGUUUUCGAAUGUUGAAGUAUGUACUUAAUAAUAAUAUUGUAAUCGUAGUGGACUUCGGCGCUGCGUUAACAGCGACGUCGCCGCGCGGCUCGGCGCUGUCCGUAAAUUUAGUUCGUCGCGAUACCGCAAAGUGAACCCUCGCAAAAUCUUGUUAAUGGACAUAAUUAUUUAUUAAUUUUCUAUGCCUUGUAAGAUAGUCUUUUUCCUCUUACUUUUAGCGUUUGUUUAGCUUUUGGCCAUUGGCACUAGAUUUUAGGGUUCAUGCACCAAAGAUUUUGGCGCCGCGCUCCGCGGCCAACCUCGUUUCUGCGCAGUGGCGCCGCCCGUUCCAGUAAAUGACAAGCUACCACGAUGAUGUUGUGAUUUUUUUUACACGCUAAGUCAAAAAUUGUGAGAUCAAGUGACAAAACGGUCCCACGUAAUAAAGACAAUGCCAUUGACUUUGAAUCCGGGAAGAAUUUUACAACUUUUUGUGUACAUUUAGUGAGCGUUAGUUUAUAAGUCUAAAUAGCAUGUUUUUUUUUUCAAAUUAUGUUCCUGUUAUUAUUAAUAUUAUUAUUUAAACUAAGUCAUUUUAUACGAAAGUUUUUCCCGCCCCCUCUUUUUUUUUUUUCUUUCGGGGGCUUUCUGAAAAAUCCACAAGGAUUAAAUUGGGAUUUUUUAAAAAGCUCAAUCUAAUAAGUAUUUAGAAAUAAAACAGAGAACCGUUUUCAAUUCUUUGUACUUAUUAAUUUCCGACCACUUGUUGUUCCGAAUCGCCACCCCUUUUGUUCGUCUUUUAUUAAUUAUUAUUAUUUUUGUAAUAUAUAUUGUACAUUUGUCCUUCUUGUAGGAGAGACGACCGUAAUCGAGCAAACUUGGUCGCGUCUCAAUCCUCCCUUUAUUUUUAUACGUAAAAAUUGAAUUAAAUUAAUUUUGUCGUUGUACGGAGGCGCGUUUGUGCGUCAUUUUUUUGAUUAUAUAAAAAUACUGUGAAAAUAA